CUAGAAAUAAAUACUUUCAUAUCCACCCUCAAAAUAAUUUCUCGCCUACUAAACUAGACUUCUUUACCGUUCGAUCACGCUUUCUUUAUGAACACCGCGCCAGCGAGUUACAGUCUUACAUACAGAUCCUCUCUAGGUUCUUGGUGUCGCCACGUGGAAAUUGUCUCAGUGAGGGGUCCGCACUCCAGCAGCAGGCAGGCGACCUUGAAUCUUUUCUAUUAAAACGUUGAAACUGCCUCCAAAACUCUCCAAAGCUCACCGCUAACAGCCCUGUCACGUGGUUCCACAUCAUUUCUCGCCGGCUGCUCUCGUCCCCUCCGGUCUCCGUCGUUUCGUGCAAUGGAGUUUCCUAAUUAAAACGAUAUACACAUGCUCGGGAUAAAAUUAGGGCUAGGGUUCGGGUGUUUACUCUGCUCCUAGCCAAAUCAGCUCGCUUUAUUUUUUAUUUGAUUCUCUGUCUUUGAUUAGCAAGUUCAUCAAACGAUGGCGAUUUUGCGACGGAGGUCAAAAGUUCACAGUUCUUCAGAUUUCCCUGAGGUUGAGAAAGACAACGACGAGAAGAAGGAGGAGAAAGAGGAAAAGCCAAAGAGAAAGCAGAGCGGAGGGAGGAGGAUAAAGAAAUGGAAUUGUGUGGAUAGCUGUUGCUGGUUCAUUGGUUUUAUAUGUUCGAUGUGGUGGUUUUUGCUUUUUCUAUACAAUGCAAUGCCUGCCUCUUUCCCUCAAUACGUGACGGAGGCAAUCACGGGGCCGAUGCCGGACCCGCCUGGCGUGAAAUUGAAAAAGGAAGGGUUGACGGUGAAGCAUCCCGUGGUUUUUGUGCCUGGAAUUGUUACCGGUGGGCUUGAAUUGUGGGAAGGACACCAGUGUUCGGAGGGAUUGUUUAGGAAGCGACUCUGGGGUGGCACAUUUGGAGAAGUGUACAAAAGACCAUUAUGCUGGGUUGAGCAUAUGUCACUGGACAAUGAGACUGGACUAGACCCUCCUGGCAUAAGAGUUAGGCCUGUAUCUGGACUUGUGGCAGCAGAUUAUUUUGCAGCUGGUUAUUUUGUCUGGGCAGUUUUAAUUGCUAAUUUGGCUCGCAUUGGAUAUGAGGAGAAAACCAUGUACAUGGCUGCAUAUGAUUGGAGAAUAUCAUUCCAGAACACUGAGGUCAGGGACCAAACCUUGAGCAGGAUAAAAAGUAAUAUAGAACUCAUGGUGGCUACUAAUGGUGGGAGAAAGGUGGUUGCUAUUCCGCAUUCAAUGGGUGUUCUUUACUUUCUGCAUUUCAUGAAAUGGGUUGAGGCACCUGCUCCAAUGGGUGGUGGCGGUGGAACAGAUUGGUGCGCCAAGCAUUUAAAGGCAGUGAUGAAUAUUGGUGGACCCUUUUUAGGCGUUCCAAAAGCAGUCUCAGGACUUUUCUCUAAUGAAGCCAGGGAUAUAGCAGCUGCCAGGGCUUUCGCACCAGGUUUUUUGGAUAAAGAUGUUUUUGGCCUUCAAACUCUGCAACAUUUAAUGCGGAUGACUCGUACAUGGGACUCGACCAUGUCUAUGAUACCAAAAGGUGGGGAUACUAUAUGGGGUGGCCUUGAUUGGUCACCUGAAGGAGGCUACAGCUGUGGUGCAAAGAAGCCAAAGAACAAUAAUACUAAAACUGCAGGUCAAAAUGGGAAAGGGACUUCAAGUUUCACAGAAGGUGUGAACUAUGGGAGAAUUAUAUCAUUUGGAAAAGAUGCAGCUGAGCGUCCUUCCUCCAAAAUUGAGAGGAUGGAUUUCAGGGAUGCGGUUAAGGUGAAUAACCCUACAAACAGCUGUGACAUUUGGACAGAGUACCAAGAAAUUGGUAUUGAGGGUAUCAAAGCUGUUGCUGAGUACAAAAUUUACACGGCUGGGUCAACUUUAGAUCUUCUUAAUUUUGUUGCUCCUAAGCUUAUGAAACGUGGAGGUGCUCAUUUUUCCUAUGGGAUUGCAGAAAAUUUGGACGAUCCAAAAUACAAACACUACAAAUACUGGUCGAACCCCUUGGAAACAAGAUUACCAAAUGCUCCUGAGAUGGAGAUAUAUUCUAUGUAUGGAGUUGGAGUACCCACUGAAAGAGCAUAUGUUUACAAGCUAACUUCAACUGCUGAAUGCUCAAUUCCCUUUCAGAUAGAUACCUCAGCAACAGGCAGAAGUGAGAACUCUUGUUUAAAAGAUGGAGUUUUUUCCGUAAACGGAGACGAGACUGUUCCUGUUUUGAGUGCGGGUUUUAUGUGUGCAAAGGGUUGGCGAGGGAAGACCAGAUUCAAUCCUUCAGGCAUUCGUACUUACACAAGGGAAUACAACCAUGCUCCUCCAGCUAAUCUUCUGGAGGGUCGAGGCACCCAAAGUGGUGCUCAUGUUGAUAUAAUGGGGAACUUCGCAUUAAUAGAGGACAUUAUAAGGGUAGCAGCAGGAGCUACAGGAGAGGACUUGGGAGGAGAUCGAGUCUACUCUGAUAUUUUCAAAUGGUCAGAAAGGAUUAACUUGCAGCUGUAGUUCUUAUAAUGAAAUCAUACUCGUAUUUUCUGGUUCUCGUCAAGACACCACUACGAGACUACCAGAUGCAGCCAAUGGCGCGAAUAGUUGAGGUAUGUUUUUUCACUUGCAUACGACCAGGUUUCCGUCACUCAUGCCAUCCACCUGUAUCAUCCCUUCAUUGUUUUGGGAAUGACCGAACAAGAUUAACCAUAUAGAUAGGCUUUCCCACGUGGUUCAUACCCACCAUUACUCCGUUAGCGGUGCGGUUAAGUUUAUAGUUGCCUGAAAUUUUUCUGGAUAAAAUUUCUGUAAUUUAAUUAACCGUUGUGAAUAAAAAGUGUUAUAAUUUUGUGAUCUUCCCUU